AUGAGGCUCCUCGCUACCGGCAGAGCUCUUAGGGUCCAUCGCUCACGAUGGUCAAUCAACCGAGUCAAUGGCCAGGGGGCUUGCGCAUUGUUUACAGCAACUGUUGCGAACCGCCCCAGGCUUAGGUAUUCAAGCUCAUCUCAAGCACCAGAGCAAAAGCCAACAGCGUCGGCAACAGCGACACCAAAUCCAGCGACUACGCACUCGACACUAGGCGCAAAGACGACAGGCACAAUUACGGUGGAAGACAAAACAUAUCCAACGGAUCAAUGGACGAACGCAACCUCUUCUAUCCUGUCCCACGUCUCCAAACGACUAUAUUCGCAGGAGAACCACCCGCUAUACAUAACACGAAAAUUAAUCGAGACCCAAUUCUCCGGUCCAACAUAUGGAAACUAUACCGAAAAGAACCCCGUUGUCACAACAGUCCAGAAUUUUGAUGUCCUGGGAUUUCCAGCAGAUCAUCCCGGACGCAGUCGAACCGAUACUUAUUACGUGAACGAGAAGACCGUCCUACGAACGCAUACCAGCGCACAUCAAGCAGAAUAUUUUCGUCGCAUGGCAGAGGAGAACAGUACGGAGGAUGGGUAUACAGUUGCGGCCGAUGUUUAUCGAAGGGAUGCAAUUGAUAGGAGUCAUUAUCCGGUGUUUCAUCAGAUGGAAGGAGCCCGAUUGUGGAAGCGUACGCCAGGCAUGACUGCAUCAGAGAGUGCGGCCAGAAUUCUCGAGGAUCUCAAGAAAUUACCCACGCAUGGUGUCGAGGUUGAGGACCCGAACCCGGUCACGCAUUCCGAACGCAAUCCACUACAGUCAGACUAUCAUUCUGAAGAAGAAGUCGAGGCAAUCGCAGCCCAUCUCAAACGGAACCUAGAGCUUUUAGUUGUCAGGAUUUUCUCCGAAGCUUCCAAGGUGUCCCAGGCCUCUGGUGCGCAAUCUGAACCUUUGAAGAUUAGAUGGGUAGAGGCAUACUUCCCCUUCACUAGCCCGUCCUGGGAACUUGAGGUGUUCUGGCAGGGUGAUUGGCUCGAGGUUUUAGGCUGCGGAGUCAUCAGGCAAGAAUUACUCAAUAACUCUGGCGUUCCCGAUCGAAUCGGUUGGGCAUUUGGACUUGGCCUGGAGCGUAUUGCGAUGCUUCUCUUUGAAAUCCCAGACAUCCGUUUAUUCUGGUCCAAGGACGCUCGGUUCCUGUCGCAGUUCAAAGACGACAAGAUUGUCCGUUUCCAGCCCUUCUCCAAAUUCCCCGAAUGCUACAAAGAUGUUGCUUUCUGGUUAAACUCGGCUACGUCAAGUGCCGCUGGCGGCGCUGUCCCUUUCCACGACAAUGAUAUGAUGGAGAUUGUCCGAGAGUGCGCCAAGGACAUUGUGGAGGAUGUCAAGCUAGUAGAUGAGUUUGUGCAUCCGAAAACCGGACGCAAGAGUCUAUGUUACAGGAUCAACUAUCGAAGCCUGGAGCAUACGUUGACCAACAAAGAGGUGAAUGUGGUUCAUGAGCAGGUCCGACAGACAUUGGUGGAGAGAUUCGGGGUGGAGAUCAGAUGA